AUGGCCGGCUUCUUCAGACGCAUCUAUGAUUGGCUGCUGCGCCUGUUCUGGGCCACCGAGAUGGACAUCACCAUGAUCGGCCUGCAGAACGCUGGCAAGACCUCGUUGCUGAGGGUUCUGGCGGGUGGCGAGUUUACCAUCGACUCGAUUCCAACCGUCGGGUUCAACAUGAAGCGAGUCCAAAAGGGCCAUGUGACCCUGAAAUGUUGGGACCUCGGUGGUCAGCCCAGGUUUCGGUCCAUGUGGGAGCGCUACUGUCGGGGUGUGAACGCCAUCGUAUUUAUCGUGGACUCGGCGGAUAGAGAGGCGUUACCCGUCGCGCGAGAGGAGCUCCAGAUCCUGUUGGAGAAGCCGGCGUUGGAGGGUAUCCCCUUGCUUGUGCUUGGCAACAAGUCGGACCUACCCGACAAGCUAUCGGUCGACGAACUGAUCGAGGCGCUGAAUCUCCGGGCGGUAUCGCAUCGCGAAGUGAGCUGCUACGGCAUCAGUGCCAAGGAAGAGACCAACUUGGACGCCGUUUUGCAGUGGCUGAUCGCGCGCUCGAGCAAAUAG